AUGUCCAACGAUCUGCCAGGGAACACCCCUACAGCUCCUCAACGCGGUUUUAGCAUCUAUCAUCUGCUUUCAUAUUUCGGACUAGUGGUGAAGUUGCCUUUGGCAUUGAACAGCUCCAUGAAUGAGUCAUUAUCAGAUUCUUCCAAGUGGACAACCACUCCGGUCAAUUGUCAGCAGCAUCCCGUGGGAGAACCUCAGUGCAACUCCGCUCCCAAUCUUACCAGCCAAAUCGUUCGUCGCAAAAUAUACCCCACGUUGUCGGGUACAUACAGCGACGUUUGGCAAUCAACGUGGUACGAUGGCAAGCAAAAGUGUGAUGUUGCGGUCAAGUCAUUGAAAAUUCCAUUUUCGAAUGAGGAUGAAAAAAGAAAACCCGCUUACGCAUGA